UUCAUCUAUCUAUAAAUUCAACAUUUACUUAUUUGCAUUGCACUUUUUUGGUCUAUUUCAAAUACAAAUUUGCUUGAUACUUGAUUACAGAUGUUAUCUCUACCCCAUUCAAUGUUGUUGAUAGAACAGCAACACCUAAAUAGUCUAUAUUUUCAUAGGCAUCAUAUGAUCCUGUUUUAAUCAAUCCUUGUACUGUAGAGGUUAAUUUGACAUCAAUGUUUAGCCAAUUGUUGGUUCUGCAAUUAGGUUUUUUUGUCCAUGAAUCUUAAACAGUUUUGAUAAUACUAAAUAUCUAAAUUUAAGGAAAAUUUAUUCUUUUUUCAUUCUUUUAUUUGGAAAGUUAUUUGGGUAAAGCUGGUGAUUAGUUGACACAUAUGAAGACAUGAAGUAUUUGUUAGUUUUGUAUUUGCCAGUAUGUUUCACUUUCUGUACAAUGAUAAGUAAAUUAACUUAGGCAUGGUGACAUAUUAAUGCAGGAGGGCAUUGAGUUAAAAUUUUAUUUCUUCUAACACAGAUUUUUGAGUUCCCUUUACUUGAUUGGUGCAGGAUGAAAACAAAUGAAACUGAUGGCCUUGAACAGAUACUUCAUCGUUCUAGAUGUCAUGUCAUAAAGGCCGACUGCUUUACUAUUUCCCUGCCCAGCAAAGCAACUAGCCAGCUACCAAGCUGAUGAAUCCAUGUCAUCAUGGUGCGGUUGGCAUACUGAUCAUGGUUCACUGACAGGAUCCUACGGCACUGUGUUUCUUGGCCGACUGCUUUCUUCAUCUUCAUCAACUGAUUCGCCCCUGUUCGCCGUGAAGUCUUCAAAGCUAGAGUCUUCAAGCUCACUUAGGGUUGAAGGGCGACUCUUGAAUGCACUCCGAGGAUGCCCCUAUAUCGUCCAGUGUUUCGGAGAAGACACCAGCGUAGAACACGGAAGGGCUGUCUACAACCUUUUACUGGAGUAUGCUCCGGGUGGGUCACUGGAGAACCUGAUCAAGUCUCGCACUGGAAGACUCCUAGAAUUCGAGGUAUCUUUCUAUGCUUAUCAGCUUUUGAUGGGGAUACUGGACGUUCAUAGGCGAGGGUUGGUUCACUGUGAUUUGAAACCUGCGAAUGUCCUUGUCUUUCCGUGUGGGUUCGGGAUGAAUCGUCUGAAGAUCGCAGAUUUUGGACUGAGUAAGGUGGCCGGAGUUAACAUUUUUGGGGGUUGUCACCGGGGAUCAUUGCUGUAUACCUCGCCGGAGUCAUUGGUUUCGGGGAUGCACGAGAUGCCCAAGGAUAUAUGGUGCAUGGUGGUGGAGAUGCUCACUGGAAAUCCACCAUGGAGGUUCCGUGAUAGCAGGGAUGCGACUCUAAACAUAGCGUUCAAGAAACCCGAAAUCCCGGAGGGUAUAUCGAAUAGCUGCAAGGAUUUUCUGGAGAGGUGUUUUGAAAGAAAUCCCACUACGCGAUCAACUGCUGCUGUUUUACUCAAUCAUCCAUUUGUUGCCAACGAAUUCAAUCGACUGUUGGGGCAAAAGUUGGAGAAGGAUCAUCAAGUGAUUGGAGGAUGGAGUUCCAAUGUUGGGCUGUUUUCGACUAAGGUUCCUAGGUCUUGUUCCAGACAGCUUCUCUUUUCAAGGACGGAAAGCGAUGUUGCUACUGUCGGACAGUAAUGAUGUGUUCUGUUUCAUGGGAAAGUUUUAGGAGAAAGAAAUAGGCUUAUUUGUAUAGAAACUUCAUGAAUCUUACUUGUACAAAGCUUAUUUGACCCUCGAAUUCAAUUUUGAUUGUGUUAAUAAAUAAAAAAAUUUUAAUUCCUGUUUUUC